AUGUCUUAUCAGACUAGUCCAACGAUACCCGGAGAUUUCGCCGAUGACGUCGAAUGGUGUGACGAAAACUGGCCAGAACUAGAGUUCCGGUCACCGGAGGACGAAGCUUGGUACGCCGUUGAGGUUGCGGAGAUGUGCGACGCCUUGUUGAUUAGCUUCAACGGGUUCACUUGUGAUUUCGACGAGUUUUACCCUUCCGACGAUUUCAAGAGCUCAGACGAGAUUCAAGAGUUUGAAGAGAGGUUUCGAGCUUGUUCUGUUCAGAUGCAAGACACUGAGUGUCCCACUGUCACUGAUGGAACCAAGGUUUGCGCCACGUUCCCUUCCGUCACAGGCGACGUCAAGUUCUACGAUGCCAUCGUCGUCACGGUUGAGAGAACGAAGCAUGAACGUGACGAGGAAGGGAGCGAAGUGUGUGGGUGCAGUUUCAAAGUUUACUGGAAACAAGGUCCUUGGGCUAACCAAGUGACUUCUGCAAAAGUUGGAGACAUUUGUCUUAGAGCAGAGGAUAACAGAAUGAAUCCUAUAGUGGUUUCGUUCUUGAAAGAAGCUAGAAGGAAGCUUACUGGAGAAGCAUUUCUCCAAGGGGAAGAGACAGAGUGGCAAAAGAUCUUGAAGAAGGUCAAUUCUGCUAUUGAGAAGAACUUAAGCUUGUCUCUUCCAGAGAAUCAUGGCUAAAGGAGUAAUAUGUUGUGGUUUUAUUGCGUUUAGAAAAGUAGAGAUCUCUAUGAAUCCUUUUGAGGUAGUUUCUUAGUUAAGAAUAGGAUGAUAAAUCUUGUUUAUGUAUCAAUCUUUGUUCUGAAACUCUAGUAUCUCUCUGUUGGUUAUAAUUUGUAGUUCAAGUUGGGUUUUUUUUUUUUUGCACUCUUUCGAUAUUGACGUCUUGAGAGGAUCAUCAAUGUUAACCUGUAAAAAAACAAAAUAUGGGUCAAAAGAUGAUAAUAACAGUC